AUGAAGAGGAGGAGUGAGAUGAUAAUGAUGAAGAUGAGGAGGGAGAUGAUGAAGAGGAGGAGGGAGAUGAAGAAGAAGAGGAGGGAGAUGAUGAAGAUGAGGAGUGAGAUGAUGAAGAGGAGGAGUGAGAUGAUAAUGAUGAAGAUGAGGAGGGAGAUGAUGAAGAGGAGGAGGGAGAUGAAGAAGAGGAGGAGUGAGAUGAUGAAGAGGAGGAGGAGGGAGAUGAUGAAGAAGAGGAGGGAGAUGAUGAAGAGGAGGGAGAUGAUGAAGAAGAGGAGGGAGAUGAUGAAGAGGAGGAGGGAGAUGAAUAAGAGGAGGAGGUAG